CAAAGUCCCAUUAACAGAUAUUUUGGUGUGGACAGCAUUGGAAGCCAUUUUGUUUAAAACGGAACAAAUUUUUGUGUUACAAUGUUCAGUACCAUUUUUUAUAAUAUCCGAUAAAGUAAAGCAUGUAACAGAUUAAACAACGUGAUUGAAAGAGAAACUGAUGAUCGAUGAUCUGAAAUUAUUGUAUGGUGAGAGUACAACAAAUAUAAGGAAGACGUUUGAAUUUUUCUACGGUUCAGGAAGCGAUUCCGAGGAGAAUGGAAACAACAUUCAUUUUAACCUGCUUCCUGUGUUUCAUCACGACGGGUUACGCUCUAGAGUGUUAUUCGUGUGAGGGUCAGGAUUCAAAUCAGGACAAAUGCGGUAAAACAGUAGUACAAUGCAGACAGUUCCAGGAUACUUGUACAUCAUAUAUACGAUGGAGUACCCCACCUUAUUGGACCCCGCGUGGAGAGAGAGUACAUUGGAUCUCAAAGGGCUGUGACACUCGAGAUGGUUGUACUCGUCGUGCUGCCCUCUAUAGGAUGUCCUGUAAACGAGACUGGUACAACGAUUGGGCAUGUGUUGAGUGUUGUUCUGGUGAUUUAUGCAAUUUUUACGUAACUCUUGGAAGCAGCAGUUUGAAAUACAACAUCUACGUCAUGAUGUCAACAAUUGUGACUAUCGUAUACAUGUACACUAUGCAACGAUAGAACAUUUUCGAUGGAAUAUUUCUCACCUUACGAUUUUGGGCCCACAUAUUAAUUCUAAAUUUGCAGAAAUAUUCUUAGAAGGGCAUGUGACAAGUCUCUUCAUUUAUGUUUAGAUUUAGUUAUCAUGGCAAAAACCUGCUCAAUAAGAUAAACUUUAUAUGAAUACGAAAAAUGAGAGAAACCUAUACAUAUUUUUAUCUGAAAGAUUGUUGUAUGGAAAACCUUAUCGAUAUUUAGAUGGCAGUAGAGUAGUUCCUUGUAUACUAUUCAUAACGUAUAAUUCUCUAUUGGACGUCAGUGCCAUCUUUUUAUGAACAUUCUUUCUAGCACUGAAAAGCCUAUGGGCCUAGUUUGUGUUGAGUUACCCUGUACAUAUGAUACAUUGCACAUAUCAUUUUGAAUCUUGCUUUGUGGUUAUUUUUGUAAGUUGUAUGCAAUAUUUGUAAUAUCUGACUGUUGGAAAUAUGGUAAUUGUGAAAAGAGACUUAUCUAGUCUCUUGAAGGACUUUAAAAACGAAUUUUAAUUCUUGUAAAUAUUUCAAAGAUGUUACACAACAAUAAACCUUACGUUGGAAUAAUCAUGAGCACUUGUAUAUAUUUUUAUAAUGCCAGAAUUAAUAAAAUUGAUUUGAUUCAAAA